AUGUUGCACGUGGAGAUGUUGAUGCUGGUGUUUCUGGUGCUCUGGAUGUCUGUGUUCAGCCAAGAUCCUGGUUCCAAAGCUGUCGCUGAUCGCUACGCUGUCUACUGGAACAGUACCAACCCCAGAUUCCAGAGAGGUGAUUACCACAUCGAUGUCUGUAUUAAUGACUACCUGGAUGUGUUCUGCCCUCAUUAUGAGGACUCAGUCCCUGAAGAUAAGACAGAACGCUAUGUCCUAUACAUGGUGAACUUUGAUGGCUAUAGCUCCUGUGACCAUACCUCCAAAGGGUUCAAGAGGUGGGAAUGUAAUCGACCACAUUCUCCAAAUGGACCACUGAAAUUUUCUGAAAAAUUCCAGCUCUUCACUCCCUUCUCUCUAGGAUUUGAGUUCAGACCAGGCCGGGAAUAUUUCUACAUAUCCUCAGCAAUCCCGGAUCAUGGAAGGAGGUCCUGUCUAAAGCUCAAAGUCUUUGUUCGACCAGCAAACAGCUGUAUGAAAACUAUAGGUGUUCAUGAUCGUGUUUUCGAUGUUAACGACAAAGUAGAAAAUUCAUUAGAACCAGCAGAUGACACCGUACAUGAGUCAGCCGAGCCAUCCCGUGGUGAGAACGCGGCACAAACACCAAGGAUACCCAGUCGGCUUUUGGCAAUCCUACUGUUUCUCCUGGCGAUGAGUUUGACAUUAUAG